UUUUUCUUUUCUGGGUCUGAUUGUCCCUUUCCUGUCUUUCUGCUUUCCCCCCACUCCUCCUUUAUCUCUGUUCUUAAAGUCUCUGUCUCGGGGUGGGAAAGUCCCUCCCAUCAAAGAAGACUCAGGGCCUCCACCCUGGAGGCUGGAACUGACUCUCAGCUAAAUUAGUGUGGUGCCUUUGAACUAACUGUGCCUUGGAGCCUGGGGCCCUAGAGGUGCAGCUGGGAAAGACGGCCCUUUCCACUUUGGGAGAUUAUCUUUGGGGCAGAUUGCAGCCAUCGGCUGGGCCGGUGGCGUUUGCCUUUGUGCACGGAGGGAUGGGGGCGCCGAUAGGGUCUUGGAGCCGCACUCCCGGGGAGGGACAAAGCCCGGGGCUCUCUUCCCGGCCCCACUUAUUCUUUGCUCCUUUCUCCCCUCCCCGGGAGGUCUGGAGUCCGUCUGGAGAUGCAAGGAUACCCUACACCCCGAGGAGCAGGGUUCCUAAAAAAGGGGGGAGGGGGUUGGCCCAGAGGCCCACCGCCCAGGCACACGAUCCCCGGGGCCUGCACCGAUGUGCCGGCCAGCACCGCCCGCACAGAGCGGCGGGCAAACUCAUGGCACACGUGACGCUGUGAACGUGUAAGCUGGACCCGGCUCUGCGGCCCACGGGGAACACGGAUGGAAGCGGAUCCGGACCGGCCCUGCUUGGACGCACGGCCACACGUGGGCCCGGGGCUAGAAGCACACGCGCUCCCGGGUGCAGACACGUGGAGGGCCCCAGAUCGAGAGACGUGCACGUAGGGACGUACACGCGCACACGGGCGGAGGAAGCCGAAGAAGAACGACCUCCAUCUCGUCAGCCGCCGGGACAAGGGCGAGGGGCAGCCCCGCCUCUCGGUCACGCGGGAAGGGCCCGCCCGCGUCACGUGCCAGGCCUCCCUCGACCCUUCCGCUUUGUAGGCGGAAGGGGCGGGGUGUGUGUAGCGUCAUCGUGCUAGCCCGCAUGGGUUUCCGCAUCACGUGCUGGGGGCGGGGCUUGGGUCAGCUGACGCGGCGGGUUUGAAGCCGCGCCUGGAGCGGCGACCGAAGCCGGGAAUCCUCUAGUCCCAGCCGUGCGGUUCUCGCCGGCCCCGGCAGGCCCGGCAUGGCGGACCCCGCGGGCCGGAGCGGCUCAGAGCGAGCACCAUUGCUUAGUCCCAGUUCCUGUCCUGGCUAUGGGUCCCAAGGAGAGUCUCUGCAUGUCAGCGAGGAGGAAGACCUGCGCCGGCGUCUAAAAUAUUUCUUUAUGAGCCCCUGUGACAAGUUCCGGGCCAAGGGUCGAAAGCCCUUCAAGCUGAUGCUGCAGGUUGCCAAGAUCCUCAUCGUCACCAUCCAGCUCAUCCUGUUUGGGCUCAGUAACCAGAUUGUGGUGAUGUUUCGAGAGGAGAACACGGUAGCUUUCAAACAUCUCUUCCUCAAGGAUUACACAGAUGGAGCUGAUGAUAGCUAUGCUGUCUACACUCAGGCCGACCUCAACCAGUCCAUCAUCUUUGCUGUGGAUCAGUACUUGCAGAUCCCUGAGCAGUCCCUGGGCAGAUAUGCCUAUGUGCCAGGUGGGGGCGGCCCUGAAGCCAACGGCUCGGCCCUGGCAUUGUGCCAACAAUAUUAUCGUCAUGGGCACAUCGAUCCUGCCAAUGACACCUUUGACAUCGAUCCGAUGGUGAUCACCGAUUGUGUCAGGGUGGACCCUGCCGAGCGCUAUCCUCAGCCCCCAGAUGAGGAGUCCCUUCUGGCCCAGGGCAGUAGCUACAAGAACUUCACUCUCAAGUUUCACAAGCUCAUCAAUGUCACCAUCCGCUUCCAGCUCAAGACUAUCAACCUGCAGACCAUUAUCAACAACGAGAUCCCGGAUUGUUACACCUUCACUGUUCUGAUUACAUUUGACAACAAAGCCCACAGUGGGCGAGUCCCUAUCCGCUUAGAGACCAGUGCCCACAUUCAGGAGUGCAAACAUCCCAGCGUCUUUGGGCACGGAGACAACCGGUUCCGCCUCUUCUUCGAUGUGGUAGUGAUUCUGACCUGCGCCCUGUCCUUCCUGCUCUGUGCCCGUUCCCUGCUGCGUGGUUUCCUGCUGCAAACUGAAUUUGCCCGUUUCCUGCGUCACCGCCAGGGCCAUGUCUUGAGCCUGUGGGAACGGCUGGAGUUUGUGAAUGGCUGGUACAUUCUUCUUGUAGCCAGUGACAUACUCACCAUAUCUGGCACCAUCAUGAAGAUUGGCAUUGAGGCCAAGAACUUGGCCAGCUAUGACGUCUGCAGCAUCCUGCUGGGCACCUCCACUCUGCUGGUCUGGGUUGGCGUCAUCCGGUAUCUUACCUUCUUUCAGAAAUAUAAUAUCCUCAUUGCCACGCUUCGAGUGGCUCUGCCCAGCGUCAUGCGUUUCUGCUGUUGUGUGGCGGUCAUCUACCUGGGCUACUGUUUCUGUGGCUGGAUAGUACUGGGACCGUACCACAUGAAGUUUCGUUCCCUCUCUAUGGUGUCAGAGUGCCUGUUCUCACUCAUCAACGGGGACGACAUGUUUGUGACUUUUGCUGCCAUGCAAGCUCACAGUGGCCUGGUCUGGCUUUUCUCCCAACUCUAUCUCUACUCCUUCAUCAGCCUCUUCAUUUACAUGGUUCUCAGUCUUUUCAUUGCUCUCAUCACCGGCUCCUAUGAGACCAUCAAGCAGCACCAGUCGGAGGGCGAGGCCCAGGGCAGCCAGCUCCAGGCCUACAUCGCCCAGUGCCAGGACAGCCCCACCUCCGGCAAGUUCCGGCGCGGCAGCGGCUCCGCCUGCAGCCUCCUGUGCUGUUGCUGCUCCAGGGAACCUGCCCAGGAAAACUUGCUUGUGAACUGACCGGCGGACAAGCUACGCGAGGACAAGAUUUUAGCCCCACAUGGGAGUGGACUGGACGCUUUGAGCGCCUUAUUUAUGGUUUUAGGGUUUGCUUUUAGGUGACUCUGGAGCCGCAGCGGGACUUCGGCCCCAGCGCAGCUGCUGGUACGGCCCCUCUCGGCUGGGCGUGGGGGGGGCGGGGCGAUGGGGCCGGAACGGGCCGGGCCCGGGCCUUUUUGUAGCAGGACUAAGGGGUGCGGGGGAACAAUAAAGGAUGAACACGGUGUCCC